AUGACCAUUAUCGAGAACAUUAGCUGGUCCGAAUUGCUGAAGAACACCAAUGUCACAGCUGAACAUGGUAAUGACGGCAACCGAAUUGCCACGGCAACCGAGUCUUUGAAGCAAACAGCCCACCAAUUCGUCGAGGUGCUCAAUGAGCGUGCCAGACUUUUCGCCAACAGUGCUCAAUUUGAUACAGCGUUACGUGAUGCAGCAGCCAUAGUUGCCAUAUUACCGGGAGCAGGGCUUGGAUACUUAUGUACAGGAGACGUGUAUUGUCAACAAGGGCAUCAUGCAGCAGCCAUUACCAUAUACGAUCAAGGCCUUCAAGCAGCGUCUGAAUCGGAUCCAUGUUAUCAACAGCUCCAACGUCAUCGAAUGACAGCAAUAGCCAACAACAACAAACGUGUCGAUUUCAUCAGCCAGUUGCCAUUGGAUAUUGUUAUCACCAACAUUGUACCAAGGAUGGAGACAACGCAUUUGAUGUCUGAUGUGCUGUGCGAGCCUCUUUACGUAUCACGUGGAUGGCAGAAGCGCAUCUUGCAGCAACCUAACGGCCUGCAGUUGGAUUUUGACAAUGAGGAUGCCACUUUCAAGAGAGGUCAUGAUCAACUUGUCCGCUUUGCACCCUAUGUACAGACGUUAUCAGGUUCCCUGUUUGGUGCUGUGCGUUUGGAUGAUCUUUUUACUCGUGCACAAUUUGCCAACCUUAAACAACUCAACCUAACCUGUGAGGAUGACUCCUUCCCUCGUCGUCAUAUUAUAAAAGGCCUGCGAUUGAUUGCUGAUUCUCUCACCCACUUGACCCUCCUAUAUUUUUCAUCCAUUCAAUUACGUGAUAUCCUGGAGUUAUGUCCAAAUCUUGUGUCUUUGAAUGCCGACGACUUGGAUGUUGUGACGCCCUCAUCGCCUUCAUUGCGGUAUCCCAAGAUGACGCAUCUUGGGCUUCUCUCCUCCCUAUCAGAAAGAGCUCUCGAUCAUGAGGAUAUGGUGGAUCUUAUCAGCCGAUUUCCUUCUUUAUUAUCACUUGAGAUUGGACCAAUGCCCGACUCCAAGCUCUUGACCAUUCUACAUGAACAUUGUACCCAUUUACAACGACUGCAUUAUGGUGGCGGAUACCUUAGUACAGGCAAAUUUGAUGUUCAUCCAAAUCCGAAAGGAAUCACGUCGGCUCAUUUCUUUGGCGGUGUCUCUUAUCAUCAAGACGAUCUUAUUCAGUUCCUACAUUUGAAUCAACAUUCUCUCGAAACGAUUACAUUGGUCGGCCAUAUUAAUGGGGACAAUGGUCGUUGGAAGUUACAACAUGACAAAGUAGUAUCGAACGGUGCUGUUGGUUUGCUCCCUGAAAAUGACCCGACUCAAUCAAAAGCUUCCUUCACGCAAUUGACCAGCAUCGAUUUUUUCCCGUAUUCUGAUACACGCGAUGACAUUAUGAAGUGGAUGAUAUGGAACGCACCGAAUCUCAAAGCUAUCAGUAUCCCUGAAUCUCAUCUUCAAAUUGAUAUGGCAAAGGCGAUGACGAGGUCCCAACACCUUUCCAAGUUAACGAUCAAUCGGAUGAUAGGACAUCAUGAUUUCGGUGGCAUUUCUGAAUUCUUGAAGUUCCAUAUUGCAAAGGAGGGCCUGUCAACACUUGAAGAAAUGACCCUGAACAUGAAUAGGCCGAUCCAUCAUGUCACGUGGUUGCCUUUGAUUUCUAGACUGAAAUGCCUCAAGACCUUGGAAUUACUCUCUCCCGACAUUCUCGAAGGUGCCAAGCUAACAUUGGUGGCCAUAGGACUAGGAUGCCCGGCUCUUGAAAGCUUAACGCUCGGUAACACUGGUGUCAAGUUGGGUGAUGGUCUCAUCAAGCCUCUGUGUAAACUUCCAAAUCUCAAAUGUCUCAGAAUUGGAGCAAGAAUAUUGUCGCAACCCGAUCUCUUGGCAUUGAUUGAAUUCCCCAAGCUAGAACGUCUCUAUCUUUACUAUGAUGUCCCGGAUUGUAUUAAGGAGAUGCUACACAAUUAUAUACCAAAAGUCAUUAUUGUAUAA